AUGGGUGAUUCCAUCUGUGCUUCUACUUUCGCCGUACUUGAGGCCAUGGUGAGCUUUCGGCAACUCCUCGUCCGCUCGCGGACCACUCCGUCACUCCAAGGUGCCGAGAGGCUGCGAAGGGCGCUGGUCCGUUUCCGCGAGCUUGCGGGCUGCGAGGAGGCUUGGGGUCUCGCGGGCCUCGCGGGCCUCGCAGAAGCCGAGCAGCGAGCCUGCAGGGAGGUGGGGCUAUCACAUUCCGACCUGAGGCCCUCGUACAGCGCAACAGUCAGCACUGCCUGGGUGGGCAAGGUGGAGUCACCAACGACAGCAUCCUUGUCCAAAGCCCUUGCUUGGCGACGACGGCUGAUGGCUGCAAGGAGCUGGGCACAGUUCCGCAGCGCGUGGGUGUCGAUCCUUCAGGAGGAGCGGCCCGGAGGCAGUGUCGUGCUGAGCCAAUGGCAGGCUGAAGCUCGGGUGGAUGCAGCUGCCGCCAAACACCGCCUUCGAAAUCAAAGGCGCGGUGCGAAGCCAGCUCUGCUCGGAGGUUCCGACUUCGAAGUGAGGCAGCGGCCUUGUGACCCCACACGAUGUUCCCCCCGUGUCCUGAAAGCGUCAACCUAG